UUUCCGGGGUUAUGUACGAGCUCUACAGCGGCAAAAAUUGAGAGUUCGAGGAGGUUAUUAUGGCACAGUCAAGUUGGAAAUGUCACUGCAGUGUCCCGUAUUGUUCCAACAACAAGCAAAGUCAUCCUUAUUUAAGUUUCCACGACUUUCCGUCGGAUGAUCAAUUGCGAGCUAGCUGGGUUACAGCCAUCAGAAGAGAAGAGGGCGCAACGUUCAAAAUCCUUCGUGGGAGCACCUAUGUUUGCAGUCUUCAUUUUAACAAUGAUGACAUCUAUUGUACCCCGAAAGGCUUCAGGCGUAUUAAAAGAGGGGCUGUCCCUUCGAAGUUUGCCUGGAAUGACUGCGGAAGGAGACCUAAACGGAAGCCAGCGUAUAAGAGGGCCGGUGAGAGACCGGCUGUUAGGACUGCCCGGCGUGAGGAGGAUGUAAACAAUGUCGGCUCGGCUGGAGCAUCUUCUCUCCCUGACCAUGAUUAUGCUUUGCCCCCUCCACCUGGUGAUGCAGCUGAGAUAAUCAAGAAACUACAAGCAAAGGUGCAGGAGCUACAACUUGAAAAACAGCAGCCCAAAAUUGACCGCUUUUGUGCCUCGGAUGAAGACUUCCGCUUCUACACCAGAUUCCAAUCAGAGGCGGUGUUCAUGGUUUUCUGGGAAUCAAUUUAUCCAUCUGCUUCCAGGCUAUUCCACUGGUCAGAGGCACAGAAAACUGCAUUUGGAACAACAAGCCCCCACCACAAGCUGCCUCUCGUUGACGAGUGCUUCAUGUUCUUCUGCCGCAUUGUGGCUGGGUUGAAGGAAAAGGUACUGGCGUCAGUAUUCGGCGUCAGUGUAUCAACAGUCAGUCGAACCAUCCUCACAUGGGCAAACUAUUUGUACCAAAUCCUCGGGUCACAGCCUACGUGGAUGACUCGGGAGCAGGUGCAGGCCACCAUGCCUGACAAGUUCCGACAUCAUUGUCCCAAUGUGAGAGUGAUAAUCGACUGUACUGAGCUUCGCUGUGAGAAGCCAUCUUCCCUCACCUUACAGUCAGAGACCUUCUCCAGCUACAAAAACCACACCACCUUUAAAGGUUUGAUCGGGAUUGCUCCUUCUGGUGUGAUUACAUUCAUAUCCAAGCUGUACACUGGCUCCAUUUCUGAUAAAGAAAUAACCAUAAAAUCAGGUCUAACACAGUUUCUGUUGCCUGGAGAUGGAGUCGUGGCUGACAGUGGGUUUUUAAUUGAGGAUCUGCUGGCAGAGUUAGGGGCAACGCUGAUCGUCCCCCCAAUCAAAGCCGCCCCCCAGCUCAGCACAACAGACACACAAAAAACUCAAGCGAUUGUCUGUCUAAGAGUGUUGGUGGAGAGGGCGAUAAGACGGGUCAAGGAGUUCCACAUCUGGGAUGGAGUUGUUCCUGUCUCCUUGGCAGGCUCCAUCAACCAGCUGUGGGCAGUUUGCUGCCUGUUGACCCAGUACCAAGGCCCUCUCGACAUCCAAAGUGACAAGCCUGUCUAGCACGUUGGCUUUUGUAAACCAUUUUGUAUGUUUCUUAAAUUCACAAUUGUGUGUGGAUUUUAGUGCUAUUUGUAUUUUACAUGAAUGUCAAUUCAUGUUUUGUUUGAGUUGCUUCCAUGUAAUGUGCUGCAGUGACUCUAAAACACUAAAAUCAAUAUAAAGUUGUGUCCUAUUUGCCUAAUGUAGUAAUCAUUUCUGGUAUUGAUUGAGAGUCACCGCCUCACAUUACAUGGAAAUUCUAUUGUGUAUGACUUAAAAAGUUAUGGAAAAGUUUAGAAAUUUUGUCUAUCAUAAUGUGUGGAAACCCUGAUUAUGUGAUACAUAUCGUACAGCCUAUGUAAUUGAAUUUGUGUCAAAUCAGAUAUUGCAUUAUACAGAAUCUUCACUAAAGAAACAGAGACCCAG